AUCUCUCAUUUCCCUUCCUCUCUGCCUCGUCGUCCCUUCCCUGCUUCACUCUUCUCACUCUCACCCUUGCUCCUCCUCUCUUCCUUCUUCCCUCCACCUUUCACUUCCACUUCAACUUGUUCGUUCCACACAAUCCUUGCUUCUUUUCACAGCAUGGCAAUAAUCAUUUCCAUUUGAUUCAAUUAAUCUUUUUAUCUGUUUUCUCUUCUUUCCAACUGACCCAAAACCAACUAUACAACAAUGGCGUCUUCGGAUAAUUUGGCCAGCAUCGAGCCCUGGACCUUGCGACCCAGCUUCACUGAUUCGCUGUUCCCAGAGGCAUUCGCUUGCGACUACCAAGCUGUCACUAUAGCCCUCCAGAAAUCCCUCUCCGGUUCCUCCUCUGAUACGAUUCCCCCGUUCCUGAACCUCGUCAACCCUGACACGACGCCCUCCUCCACCGUUUCGGGCCUCUCCGGUUCGGACCAGGAAACGGCCCCAAAACCCCAGAAAAACACUGUUCUUUCUGCCACGGGUAAGGUCUCGAAGCGGAAGUCACGCGCGUCUAAGAGGUCGCAGACGACGUUCAUAGCGGCGGACCCGAUGAACUUCCGUCAAAUGGUGCAACAGGUGACCGGAGCGAGACUGGACAACUCGCCGAUGCCAAUGGCGCCGAUCUCGAAGCCGGAGCCACAGAGACCCCGUAGCCGGUUGCCGAGCGGCGAACUGUUCUUGCCGACGCUGGACACUUCUUCCUUCUUUCUGGAUCAUCAUCAUCAGCAGCAGCAGGAGACUGUGGGGUUCACGUCGGCGGCCGGGCAUGCAAUUUCUGGGCCGGCCCCGCUUACUUUUGAAGCAUCCGUCGGGGCGGUCGACGCUGAUCUUGAAUCUCCCGCCUCGGAGUUCGACACUUACCUGAACUUUCCCACUCACUUUCCGACUCUGGAAUCGUGGAAAGUCAUGUGAGGGAUUCCCCCAUUUUUCUGUUUAGGAUUUUCGGCCCUUAGGAACAGGGUCGGCGUUAGUGCUCUGAACCCUGAUCCGAAAGACGUGUAUGAAUUCGAGGAAGACGAGGGAUCUAGUACUUAUGUUCAUUUGUGAUAACCUUGUCCUGGGAGUAUUGGGGGGUAUCUGUAUCUGAGGUUUCUGACUUGCUGGUAUCUUUAUUUUAGAUUAAUCUAAAUUCUUGGAUCAUUUCAAGUUUAUGCAUUAACAAUGGUGUGUCUUGGGCA